AUGAUCCAUGAUGCAAUGCUGCAAUAUCAGUUACCUGAAAUUCUCCAAACACCUUUGCAAGAGCUAUGCCUCCACAUCAAAAGUUUGCAGCUUGGAGCUGUUGGGUGUUUUUUGGCUAAGGCAUAUCAGCCACCAGAUCCUCUUGCUGUUCAAAAUGCAAUCGAACUUCUCAAAAACCAUUGGAGCUUUAGUUCGCCAUCUUACACACUACCAUUGGCUCCAAACAUUGGGAAGAUGCUUCUAAUGGGUUCUAUCUUUCAAUGCCUGAAUCCUGCCUUAACAAUUGCAGCUGCCCUUGCUCAUCGUGACCUUUUCGUCCUACCAAUAAAUAGGGAAGAGGAUGCUGAUGCUGCAAACGAUACUCGGUUUUAUAAUGUUUAA